GGGUUUUCUGCGUUUCCUGGCUAUGGGGUUGUCGCCAUUUUUGGCUUUUUCCCUUUUCCUCUUUGAAUUUUUGUGUGUUUUGGAGUUUGGGUUUUUUGUUUUGUCUUGUAUUUUCACUGCAUCUGCUUCCAUGAAAGGUGGUAGGUUGGUGGGGUUGACUUGUUUUUCCACGGAGUGAUAAUUGGGUUUUCUAUCAGCCAGACUUACUGGACAACUUUGUUAGUUUCACAUGAUGAAAGUUUUGGCUUUUACUUUAUGCAAAUUAUGAUGAAUUCAUCUCUUUUCUUCACCUAAAAAAGAAAAAAGAAAAUUAUGGCUGACUUUAUGUCACAUUGCCCCCUUAUCCGGAGGCUAGCUAGCUUUUAGAAGUGAAAACCACGUUUCAUGGAGCACAGAUAAAGGGAUAAAUGCAAAGCUAAACCAUUGGUCACUGAUUGAAGCAUUGCCAAAUGGUGAGCUUACGCAGACGCAAGCUCCUGGGACUCUGCUCUGGGACGAGUUCCUUUUUUACUCCACUUUCUAGAUUUUUCGAUAAUGGUAAUGCCCCUGGAAAUUCAAGUCAGAGUGCAAAAUUGGUCAGUGUGCAUCCCAUGCCCUCAGAUCCCAUCCACAUGAAUGGGAAAAGCAUUCCUAAGGUUGCCUCUGGAUCACCGAAUGUCUCCGGCUCCGGCUCAUCAAAAGAGCAUCAUAAUCAACCUUUUCCAGGGCAACCGAUCAAACGCAGGAAGCGACACAGGAGGAAGCAUGUUCAAAACCAAGAACCAUGUCUAAUGAGGGGUGUAUACUUCAAAAAUAUGAAAUGGCAGGCCGCAAUAAAAGUUGACAAGAAACAAAUUCACUUGGGAACAGUUGGUUCACAAGAAGAAGCUGCCCAUUUAUAUGACAGAGCGGCAUUCAUGUGUGGAAGGGAGCCGAACUUUGAACUCUCAGAGGAAGAGAAACAAGAGCUUAGGAAAUUCAAGUGGGAAGAGUUUUUGGCAUAUACUCGGCGAUCAAUUACAAAUAAAAAAUACAAGCGAAGGCUCGGGAAGGUGGAGCCACAGAAGAGAUCUGAACCUGCAAUGGAGAACAGCGAGUGGGACAACAAACAAGGAGUGAAUAGCUUCUCAGCUUCGGAAGAGUUCGGGCCGGACUCUUCAGCCUCAUAAACGGUUCGAGAGUGUUAGUGAGGCUAAACCAAUAGCUUUAGCGGUUAAAUUUAGAGUUGCAGGGUCUCUCCAUUUUUGGGUAUUUUUCUGGUAUAAAAUUAGUUGCAUCAUUAUAUCACCCUCAGGAAAUCACCAUUGUUGCUGUCCCCAUGUAUCUGCAGAUUGCAGAAAUCUGGGGAAAAAAACAUGUUUACGUUCUAGGAAGCAUUAAAAAUCUUUUAUUAGUAGUAGUUAUGCCAAUUUCCAUCCUUUA